UACCAGGUCACAAGUUGGGUGCACGGGAAGCGGGGAGCGUACGUGAGAAUCAAAUCGAUUCCCAACUGCGGGUCUUCCUCAAAUAUGCCUGGUGUGGAUUGCAGCUCCUUCGAACCGUCGGCCUUGCUCGAAAAGUCGAGACAUCCAGGCUGCUCAGUCGGACUGGACUGGUAUGCGUGCACCUGCAAUGACGACGGUCCAUUCGCCUCGCCUCGCUCCCCGCCACUCCCAUUCGUGCUCGACGGCGAGAAGCUGGAGGCGGGCGUGGUCAAGAAGCCCUGGUUUGAGCUCUGGAAUCCUCCCGAUUGA